CUUUUGCUUCUGUUGCUGCUGCUGCUGCAGGAAAACUCCCCAGGAAGUUAACUCUGAGACAAGCCCUAAUCGGGCCAUGUGAUCUCUGUGUACCGAUUAGGUGGUUUGUUCUGGCUCCCCUUAGGCUAAAGGAGAGAGAGGAUGGGAGCCCAGCAUUGAAAGCAUGUGACAAAGACAUAUUUACAGCAGCACCCUCUAGGACAGGAGUCCCACCGAGAAAGAGAGGCAGCCCUGAGCAGCAGCUCCCAGCCAGCCAGCCUACGCUCGGCCAAAGGUAUUCAUCUUUCUAAAAAUGGGAAGGAAACUAGAUCUUUCCAAAUUGACCGAUGAAGAGGCCAAACAUGUUUGGGAAGUGAUUCAACGGGACAUCAAUCUGCGCAAAAAGGAAGAAGAACGUUUAGAGGAUUUGAAAGGCAAGCUUGAAAAAGAAAGCACAAAGCGAGAACUAUUGUCAAAUCAGUCCCACCUAAAUGAGACUCACUGCAUUCACUGUCUGCAACCCUUCAAAUUCCUGGUGAACAGCAAACGUCAGUGCUUGGACUGCCAUUUACAUACAUGUAAAAGUUGCAGCAGCUUCAAUAAAAAGGAACAAGGUUGGGUGUGUGAUCCAUGUCGCUUGUCCAGGGUUGUGAAGACUGGAUCUCUGGAAUGGUAUUAUGAGCAUGUGAGAUCUCGUUUUAAGAGAUUUGGAAGUGCUAAAGUGAUGCGAUCGCUCUAUGGCAGGAUGGCACUGAGUGGACAAAAAACGAAAUCUUCCUCCCUUGGUCUUCAUGACAGAGUAUAUAGUUUGCCAGACAUCAACAAUGACUGCCAUCUCUACCAUGAAGAAGAAGACAGUGGGGCUGAUGAGGCCAAUGAUGUCCUAGAUAGUGCAGAAGCUGAGCGCUAUGCUAGAAUGCGCAGGACAAAGCGUCUGCUGUCUGUCCAUCCCUUUGAUUUUGAACUGGACUCAGAAUAUUCUGCUCAAUCACGCCGUCAAUCUAUGCAGCUCUCUCCAGGCUCUGGGAACGAAGGCCUUGAGACUUUUGAAGAAUUUCCAGGUGCUGAGGAAGAGGCAACACAGAAGGAGUCAAUGGUUGCUGAAGCCGACUUAGCUGCUAUGUUCCACCACAUCUUGCAGGAACAGGGGCAGAAGACAUCUGCACCUGAGCAGGAAUUCACCACAGAGGUCCGAUUUACAGUGAACUCCCAUACUAAAAAUCUGGAAAGGACCUCCAAGGCUGGUAGCCCAUGGAAUGAGCAGCAGCCAUCCCAGUACUCUGCUGAUAUGGACACCUCUGAUGAAGAUGUCAAAGGAGCCCACAAGUCCCUUGCCUAUCCUCCACAUCACACAAAACGCAGGAGCCGGGCCUCAUCCCAGGAGAACAUAAAUCACUCUGGAAGUCAGAUACUUGACCUCAACAAACGUAUGUCUGCUAUUGAACGCAUGCUGAACCGUCUUGAGGAAAAGAUCCUGGUUCACUCAGAAGAGCCUGAGGGUUCUGCAUCUCACACUGAUCCUACUAUAGAAGAGAAAGAGCUGAAGAGAAAACUAGAACAACUGGCAAGAAAUAUUAGUGACAAAGGUAUUUCUUCUGAUGAGGAAGAAGAAGGAAAGAAGAUUGAAGAACCCAAACAGGUUAUGAGUUCAUCCAGUGAUGACCAGCCUACUGAUACUAAGAAGGUAUAUUUUCUUCCUGGGAAGACAUAUGGGCUAGAGAAGAAGUUGAGAGCACUGGAGGACCAUACCCACCACAGUGCAACCACUGAUUCAGAGUUGUCUGAACUGGAAGACAAAGUGGCUUCUGCGAUGGCUGAAGUGCAACACACUGAGAGUGAGGUGUCUGAUAUAGAAACCCGAAUAGCAGCUCUUAGUGCUGCUGGUCUGACUGUUAAACCAGUAGAAAAGUCCAAGAAGAAAUCAAGCAGCCAGAUGUUUACACUCCAGCCUACCAGGAAUUCUUAUAACUCUCCAGAUGAUCAGAGCUCAGACUCCCCGGUUACAGCUUCAUCUGAUGACUUCAAAGUAAUGUCUAUGCCACAUGUGUUGAGAAGAAAAUUCACCUCUUCACUUGAAAUUUCAAACAAUGCUGAAUCUUUUGCUCGGAACUCCUAUUACAGAGGGUCUCUGACACAGCGAAACCCCAAUGGAAGAAACAGAAAAGCUGAUCGCAUCUUUGCGAAACCUGUGAUGACCCAUCGGUCUUGAAAACAAUGAAGGUUUUUCAAGUUUAAUGAAAUGGGCUUCAGGCUGAAGGUUUCACUCCGUUUUUCUUGCCUCCACCCUGCUUCCCAAUCUGCACCAAGAAAUAGAGAAAAGAAGCAAACUUUACUUGAAAAUAAUUCCCUAAGCAAUGUUCCUUUGAGGUUUGAUCCCGUUUUUUCCAGCCGCACAGCAUAGUUAUAAGGAUUUUUUUCUUUAGGGUCAAACUUACUGAUCCACAUCUGUUAAAUAGGAAUUGUAGCUAAUGUAUUUUUCUUCAUGUGCUAUGUGUCUAUAUUAUGAUUUACCUGGACAAGUGGAUUAAGUCAUAUUAUGUAGGCCUGUGGUUUAGUCCAUUUGGGGCAAUGUGUUAUUUCUACUAUUUGCACUGCUUUGAACUACCUAGAAUUUAAUACUGAUUUGUAGUGGCCAGGCAGAUGCUGGAGUGGGGGAGGGCAUCUAGUUCAGUGCACUGAACUAGAAAACAAAACAAUUGUGUUGCUGUGAGUUUUCCGGAUUGUAUGGCCGUGUUCCUGACGCAUUCUCUCUUGACAUUUCGCCUGCAUCUAUGGCAGGCAUCCUCAAAGGUUGUGAAGUCUGUUGGAAACUAGAAAAAUUGGGUUUAUAUAUCUGUGGAAUGUCCAGAGUGGGAAAAAGAACUCUUGUCUGUUUGGGGCAAGUGUGAAUGCUGGAGUUGGCCAACUUGAUUAGUAAUGAAUGGCCUUCGACAACACAUUGAACAAAACAAUUGCUUGUAGAUAAAGCUGCUUUUCAGUUCUUAGUGGGUUUAGAUAUCCCCCGUGUUUCCCCAUGAGUUAAAACUACAUAUUUUAAUUGGAAAAAGAGUGCUAUGACAACCCGGAGACUUAAGUGUUAUUGUAGUGCCAUUUUUGUUAAGUGCUCUCAAUACAUGGGAUCCUGGAUUCUAGACCAUGGAAGCUUAUGCUCCAGUAAACAGAGUAUCCUAAUCCAGUAGGCUUAUACAAAACACUUUGUUGCUUUGGAGUAUGCCAGGAAACAGGAAGUAAUUUUAUACACAUGUCCUGAGAGAAGACACCUUCUCCAAGUUCUCCUCAAAAUUGUAAAAACUACUUUGCAAGGGUAAUGAUUACUAGAUGAGAGGUAAAGAAGAAGGUAACAGUUCUAUAAGGACCGAAGCUCAGUGGUUAGGCAUGUAAAUAAGAUCCCUAGCAUUUGGUUAAAAAAUAAGGUACAUGUGAUGAGAACCACUCAGCUCUUCCUUGGCAAACUUGGACAGUCA